UCUGAGCGCGGGUGGGGAGCCGAAGGGCCGCUGCUUGGGCUGCGUGCUAUCGGACCGGGGUGGGCGGACUCACCAGAGGUGGCAGCAAACAGCCAGCUUUGCUUCUAGUGCGUAUCUUUCUCCAAACGAAGCGGUUUUCCCCCCGGCUUCCUUUCGAUACAGCACAGGCAUGUGCUAGGGUGAGAGGGCACAAACAUGGCGCUGGCCGCCCGUCUCCUACCCCGUCCGCUGUUCUCUCGGCCGCCGCCCGGCGGGGCCGCCCGACUGCGGGCUCCCGGUGCCACCGAGGUGAGGCUGUCGUUGGCCGGACUUUGCUGCUUGUGCCGCCGCCGCCUCGGCUCAGGAGCGGUCCCCUUUACUCGCGGCGGUUGGACCUCGGCGGCCCCGGCGCUCAGGGCGCGGAGGCCCCGGCGGCCCUCGCUCAGCCGCCCGGGACUCCCUGCAGCCCUCGCUGCUUUCCCCGCUUCUCCUCCGCGCAGCUACAGCACGGAAGAGCAGCCCCAGCCGCGCCAGAAAACCAAGAUGAUCAUUCUGGGGUUCUCCAAUCCCGUCAGCUGGGUCCGGACUCGAAUUUACGCCUUCCUUAUCUGGGCCUAUUUCGACAAAGAGUUCAGCAUCGCCGAGUUCUCUGAGGGGGCGAAGCAGGCUUUUGCUCAUGUAUCCAAGUUGCUGUCACAGUGUAAAUUUGAUCUAUUGGAAGAACUUGUGACCAAAGAGGUACUACAUGUGCUAAAAGAAAAGGUUACUUCUCUACCUGAUAAUCAUAAAAAUGCUCUUGCUGCUGAUAUAGAUGAAAUUGUUUAUACGUCGGCAGGAGACAUCUCCAUUUACUAUGAUGAGAAAGGAAGGAAGUUUGUUAACAUCCUGAUGUGCUUUUGGUAUCUAACCAGUGCCAACAUCCCCAGUGAAACUUUGAAGGGAGCCAGUGUAUUCCAGGUUAAGUUGGGGGAUCAGAACGUGGAAACUAAACAACUUCUUAGUGCAAGCUAUGAAUUUCAGAGGGAGUUUACACAAGGAGUAAAGCCUGAUUGGACCAUUGCACGGAUUGAACACUCAAAGUUACUAGAAUAAUCUUUCUUGGGAAAAUCAGCUUAUGGACUUUUAGUGAAAAACUAAGGAAGAAAAAGUUUUGGAUCAUUUGAUCUUCACUUAAGUCUUUAGAUUACUUUUGUAUUUUGAAAUAUACCUUGUAGUAUAUUAGCAUGAUACAAUAAAGCAUUUCCCACA